AUCUACCAUAAGCUUUACAGGACAACACAGGCAGCUAUUUUUCCUACCCCUCACUGUUUUUGUCUUUUCUUUAAUUCUUUUUGAACUGUAACAAGGGUUGUCAUCACAGAACAUCAGAGAAAACAAGGAACAAUACAGCAGUCUAUAAAGGAAGUAUGUCACUCUCUUUUUCUCUGCGCUUUAUCUGUGUGCUCCUGGUUGCUGUCUGGGGCAGCAGUUUCUUCAUUGAAGCAGUCCCAUUCAACGUGUCCAUGGAGGGCAGCGGGGACGAAUCCGAACUCAUCUUUCCCAUCGCUCGAACCACCCAUAUUCCCCCUUCCCCCUCCAAUUCUCCAAACAUCACCACCACCUUCAUCCGCAUCAAAGACUUUAUCUUCAACCAGGUGGUGGACUUCCUGAAGGAGAACUUGCUGCUUAUUAUAGUUGUGACUUCUCUCUUAGUAGUCAUCAUCUUCAUCGUCUGCUGUGCCUCUGCGAUGAGCCACAAACGCAAACUUGAGGCCUACUACCCACCGAAGACCUAUGCACCCAGGAAAUAUAUGAGCCAACCCAAUAGAGCUAUGGAGAAGCCACAACAGACCAAACCUCAAAACCAGAUCCAGGAUAUCAAGACGACUGCUGCAAAUACCCACCGAGAACCUUCCAAAGCACUGGUAGGGGAGAAGGAAGGGAAAGACCCCCUACCCAGGCUGAAGGAGGUCCAGAAGAUGGAGGAUGUUGAAGAGGUGGAGAUGCAGAAAGAGGAACCUCAGCCAAGCACCUCAAAUGCCACCUCAAGUCAACCGCAGGUCUGCACCUGCCAUCUUAGAAAGGCCAAUCCCUCUACAGCGUGAGGGAGCUUUUUCAUUAACAUCAAGGAAUAACAUUGAUUCCAUAACUGUCUGUCUGAAAACUUUUUCCACUGUUAUUAAUCUUUUGGAAAUCCUCUGUGUGCUUUCCUUGCUUUGAAACCUUUGUAUGUUCCAUCUGUAUGAGUUCUAACAGACAGAGAGAAAGACAGGGAGAGAAAAUGAUGUGUUUGUUUGUUUGGUAGCAUUAUACAAUAAGGUUGUAUUUGUAAACAUUAUUUAAAGGAAUAUUCCAGGUUCAGUACACAUUAACCUCAAUCGACAGCAAAAAAAUAUUUGACUCAUACCAACUUUUCUUAAAAAAAAUAAAAUUGAGGUUACAAUGAAGCACUUACAAUGGAAGUGAAUGGGACCAUUUUUGGAGGGUUUAAAGGCAUAAAUGUGAAGCUUAUAAUUUUGUAAAAGCAUUUUCAUUCAUUCUACUGUUUAUACUGGUGUAUUAUUUGAGCUGCAAAGUUUUAAAAAUCCUUGUUUUUACAGUCAGUUUAGGGUUUUGUUUACUACAUUAUGGCAACAAAGUUGUAAAAUUGGCUAUAACUUUACAGAGAAAAGGUUGGUAAGCAAUUUUAUCAUACUAAAAUCAUGUUAACACAUAUAUUGUUUACAUCUUGUGGCUAUAAUUUUGAAACGUUGACUAUUUGAAUGUUUACAGAUUGGCCCCAUUGUAAGUGCCUCACUUUAACCCAAUUCUUUUGCUUUUUUGAAAGAAAAGGAGGGGCCAGUCAAAAUGCAUUUCUGUUGUAAUCAAUAAUAUGCCAUAAAUGCUGUAGAUUGAGCUUAACUUGAUUUGAACCUGGAAUAUUCCUUUAACUGCAUUAGUUAACAAACAGCAAUUAUUUUACAGCAUUUAUGGUGAAUGUUGAACAUACUAAUACAUUUAGCAUUUGUUAACAUUAAGAAAUGCAUUACAAACUUAAAUGGUUCAUUGUUAGUUCAUAAUAGUUUAUUAACGUUCACAAAUAGAACCUUAUUGUAAAGUGUUACCAUUUGUUCAGCUCAUUUCUUGCUUCUUUUAAUUAUUUUUUAUAAGAGGAAAAAAUCUUCUCUACAGUCUAACAAUAAUUUUGAUGUCUAGUUGGAAAAUAAAAUUGUGUACAUGGACAGCAUUUGUAAAUUACUUUCUAGUUUUGAGAAACAAUAGCGCUUUGACUCCUUUCCUUGAGUAUAUUCUAAAUGCAAUAUUUAUAUGCAUGGUAAUACAUAGUUCAUACCAAAUUUUUAAAGUUAUUGUUAGGUGUUGUACAUUAAGACAUUAAGGUUAUUUUAUAUAAACCGAGUCAAGACUUUCUUUAACAUUGAAUUUACUUUUUUUUGUCAUAAAAUUAACUUUCCAGUAUCUCCUUUUCUGUUCCAAAUCAAUAAAAUCUUUUUUCAGAAAUACAGAUAUAAUGUGAGGUGAAGAGUCCAGAGUCCAUUGCAUAUUAUGUAUAUUGAAUUGUGUUUUGUUUAAGUCUACAGUUAAAAAACAAAUUACAUAAAAUAAAGGCCUGGUAAAUUCAACAAUUAAGCAGUACAAUGCUAAAAUAUUAUUAUUAUUGUAGUUAGUUAUUAUUAUUAAUAGUAGUAUCUAGACUACUGUAUCAAUUACAUGAAAUUAUUAGAUGUAUAAAACAAACUGCUUUCUUGGGACCUGUCUGUUUGUCUGAUGUCCAUUUGUCAAAAGAAUAUCAAGAGCUUAACAGAAAAUAGCUUGAUCAUCUAGAGUUGGUUUGGCUGUAGCAUAUGAAACCCAAGACCUCCUCCAAGAGAGUACAGGAGA